AUGAAACAUAUCUUGGGAGUUACUAACUUAUUGUGUGUCGCUCUUCAAAGAAAGAAUCAAGAUAUUUUGAAUGCAGUUGAGCUGGUUAGAUCAACCAAAGAAGAAUUACAAAGGUAUCGACUUGAAGGCUUUGACUCACUUUUAAAAGAUGUCACAUCCUUUUGUGACAAGUAUGAUAUUGAGAUGAUUAACAUGGAAGAUGAGUAUGUUGACCCGAAAAACAGAAGAAGAAAGACCAACAUCACCAAUCGCCAUCAUUUUGUGGUCAAUAAUUUCAACACGGUUCUCGACAUGCAAAUUCAAGAGCUUGGAAACCGUUUUAAUGAGGUAACCACUAACUUGCUUACGUGUAUGAGUUCUUUGAGCCCGCGUGACAAUUUUAGUUCCUUUAAUAAACUAAACUUGCUAAAGUUGGCCGAAAUGUAUCCGUAUGAUUUUACUUUUGAUGAAAAAGAUAAGCUUAUCGAUGAACUCGGGCACUACAUUUCUAAUAUGAAAAGAGAUAGUCGGUUUGAUAACCUGAAUGGGGUUAGUGAUCUUGCCAAAAGGAUGGUGGAAACAAGGAAACACAUUGAGUAUCAGUUGGUCUAUCGUUUAAUAAAGUUGUCACUAGUUUUACCGGUUGCAACGGCUAGUGUUGAAAGGAGUUUUCUUCAAUGA